AUGCGGGUCGAAGGUUGGUUUUUUUCGUCUUUUUCUCGGGAAAGUUAGAAGAAAAAAAGGAUUUUUUUUUAGGUUUUUAUCGAUAAAAUAGGUCUAAAAAUGGUGAAAUUUCCACCUGAAAAAAAAUUUUUUUCGAAAUGGUUUAUAAUGAAUAGAAGGUAAAAAAAGGGUCUCCAUUUUUUAAAAGGUCAAAAAAUUUUUUCGGUUCAUCUGAAGUACAAAAUAAAGAAAAAGCAUUUUUUCGGGAAAAUUUGAAACUAAUUUUUCGAGAAUAGAGGACCUUUUAGAGAUUUAAAAACACUCAAGUGACCUCUUGAGAAUGUAGGGGUUAAAAACACUCAAGUGACCUCUUAAGAAUGUAGGAGUUAAAAACACUCAAGUGACUUCUUAAGAUUGUAGGUUUAAAAAACACUCAAGUGACUUCUUAAGAUUGUAGGUUUAAAAAACACUCAAGUGACUUCUUAAGAACGUGGGAUUUAAAAACACUCAAGUGACCUCUUAAGAAUGUAGGAGUUAAAAACACUCAAGUGACUUCUUAAGAUUGUAGGAGUUAAAAACACUCAAGUGACUUCUUAAGAUUGUAGGGGUAAAAAACACUCAAGUGACCUCUUGAGAGUUUGCGUUGGCAUUCGUUGCAAUCUGAGAAGAUCCAGUGGUAAUUUAAGAGAUUGAAGGGGAAAUAAUCUCUUAUUCCCCUUAAGUAACCACUUGAAAAGUCCGUUUCAACUUUUUUCUGUUGAUUUUUUCAUAAUUAGAUAUUUUUAAUACUUCUCUGCGUCUCCACUUUUCAUGUUAUCUCUGAUUUUUUAGAUAGUAAACAAGGAGAAGAGAGUUUUAGACAGAAUUCUGCACCUCCACUCCAUUUUUUUAUCUGUAUUUUUAAUGAAAAAAAUUGAUUUUUUUAUAGGAAUCUUAUAGGAUUUUCGUAAGUUAUGUCAUUUUUUUAGCUUCCGACUGAUCUUAUCAUGAUAAGAAAAAAACUUGAUACAGUAUCAAUCCCAUCAAUCAUUCGGUGUUGCGACUUUUAUUUAUCGGAUAUGGUCAAUUCUGGCUUUUUCUGAUAGAAAAUUAUAGAAAAGAAGCUUUUAGAACUUGAAAAAUUGUAUUUUUUGCUGUUUUUUGAACGUCUGGACCGGUUAAACCAAAAUUUUUGACUCGACUUUUGAAAUUUUUGAAGAUUUAAUUCACUAAUUUGACAAGAACGGGGAAAAAUCGAUUUCUGAAACUCAUAGUCUUAUUUUAUUAUAUGAAAGUGGACCCUUAGAAGCUGAGAAAAAUUGAUUUUACACGGUUCUGAGCGUUUUGACCCGAGCUAUGAACUUUUGAAGUUCAAAUUUGAUCACUUCAGUAAGAAAAAAGAAAAAAAAGUCAAUUUUUCGAGUCUGAUAUGUUUUCUAGUCAACAUCUGGCUGGACAAAUACAAAAAAAGCCCAGAAAAUCGUAUAUUUCGUCAAUUUCCAUGAAAUCAGGGCUAUAGUUGGUAUUGUUUGCGGAUUUGUACGAUCUUCUGUUCAAACGUACCUUUUUUUAGAAUUAUAUAGUGACUAAUUUUGGAAAGAGUUGUUUUUUAAAAGGAGAAAUGGUGAAAAAUUCAUGGGAGCUUUAGAAAUUCAAGGAUUUUUCGUAAAUUUUUGAAAAAUAAAGGAAAAAUUCUGAGAAAAAAAUAGGGUUUUUUUGUUAUUUUUCAGUUUUUAUUUCAAAGGAAAUUUCAAGUUUUUUUGAUUUUUUUGAUUCAGAAUUAUUGUUAUUUUUUUGAAUGGAGAUUGGUCGAAAUUUUUUUUUUUUUUUGAAAAUGUAAGACCCUUUAGGGGUCCCUUGAGCAUCUGUUAUGGAUCAAAAGGUGUCAAUUAAUUGUUCCUAAAAGGGUGAAAACGGUUUCCUUUUUACAGCCUUUUUCCGUCCUUUCAUCGCCCUUUAUCCACCCUUUUUGAACCCUUUUUGGACCUUUUUUGGACCAUUUUUGGACCUUUUUUGGACCUUUUUUGGACCCUUUUUGGACCCUUUUUUUGGACCCUUUUUGGACCUUUUUUUCGACCCUUUUUGGACCUUUUUUGGACCCUUUUUGGACCUUUUUUCGACCCUCUUUGGGCCUUUUUUGGACCCUUUUUGGACCUUUUUUUUUACCUUUUUUGGUCCUUUUUUGGACCUUUUUUGGACCCUUUUUGGACCUUUUUUCGACCCUUUUUGGACCUUUUUUGGACCCUUUUUGGACCUUUUUUCGACCCUCUUUGGGCCUUUUUUUGGACCCUUUUUUUGGACCUUUUUAACCUUUUUUUGGUCCUUUUUGGACCUUUUUUUGGACCCUUUUUGGACCCUUUUGAUACAAAAAACUUUUUAAAUUGAUAAUAGUCUUUAUUAGUGAUUGCGUAUAAACCAAAAUGUGCUAAGUAAUGAAAUCGGAAAUAAUCAAUGGUCGAAACUUUCAGCACCCUUUUUGCACCCUUUUUGCCCCCUUUUUUCACCCUUUUUGAAGCUUUUUAGCCCACCAAAAAAGAAAGGCUCAAUAAAGGCCGCAAAACGGAACCCUUUUAGCGGCCAUUUCGCAUCGGUUUUCCGCGCUUCCGACAGCUUUGGAUUUUUCUCCGAUAUUUGUAGGAAUUUAUAUAUUUCAACUUUUUUUCUCCCUGAUCUUCUAGGAAGGAUUUUUUAGCGGAAACUUGAAUUUUUUACGUUUUUUGUACAAUCAAGUUUACCUUUAAGGGUUGGAUUAGAGCUUCUCGAACUUUUUUCUUGUAAAAAAACGACUUUUUCUGGUAUCCAUUCUAUGUCCUUAAAACUUCCUUAAACCGUGAGAAUGUAUGUUUUACGAGUGCGGCCCUCAUAUAAGGCGAUUGGAGAAUGUAAUUUGAUAGUGGAAGGAGAAGAAAAGGGCGUAAUAAUACUCUGGUGUUGGCCGGCCAUACGCUAUAAUUCCCCCUUUUCGCCGGCAAAAGUGUGUGGGAAUGCCUGGUUUUCCCCCCGCUUGGCAUCGCCAAACAGGAGCACUUGCCAAGUGGGAACAAAAAAUUGGAGAUGAUCAUAUCAUGAGUGGCCUGCGAAAAAAGAGCCGCGGAGGUUUUAGCAAACGUGCUCCAUGGAUAAAAUGAUAGGAAAACCCGUACUAAGGGGAUAGAAACUAACUUUUGGGAAAUGAACCUGUUCUAAAGUCUUCAAGGUCCGAAAAACUAGAAAAAAAGAUUUUGAAAAAAUAGCCGCGGAGGUUUUAGCAAAGGUGCUUCAUGGAUAAAAUGAUGAGAGAAACCGUAAAAAGGGGAAAAAAUUGACUUUUAAGAAAUGAAUCUUUUUCAAAGUCAUCAAGAUCCGAAACAAUUAGAAAAAAGGAUUGUGAAAAAAUAGCCGCGGAUGUUUUAGCAAAAGUGCUCCAUGGAUAAAAUGAUAGGGAAACCCGUAAAAAGUGGAUAGAAACUAACUUUUGGGAAAUGAAUCUACUUUAAAGUCUUUAAGAUCGGAAAAAGCUAGAAAAAAUAAUUGUGAAAAAAUAGCCGCGGAGGUUUCAGCAAACGUGCUCUAUGGAUAAAAUGAUGAGAGAAACCGUAAAAAAAGGGGAAAAAAAAUUGACUUUUAAGAAAUGAAUCUUUUUCUAAUGCCUUUGAGAUCAGAAAAAAAUUAGAAAAACAAAAUGAAGAAAUAGCCGCCAAAAAAAUGGGAAUAUUUAUUAACUUGUGCGCUCUAUGAAUAAUUGCAAUUUUUCUGAAAAAUCGUUCCAAUUAUUUUUUCAAUUAAUAUUUUCUAGAAACUUUUAAGAUAAUGAGAUUUUUUUCCUUGUUUUCUCUUAUUAGCCAUGGGGCGCAAAUGUUUCAUCUGUUGCGGCGAUUUUUUCCUCUAUUCCAAUUGGUUCUUUUCCGAAUAAUAUUUGUUUAUAGCCUCUUUUUGAAGUAUUUUGUGAUUUUCUGUGCUUCCUUGGGUAUUUUUUUUCAAUUUUUUGUUUUUUUUUAACGGCUCUAGGAGCCAAAGGCGCUUGGAAGAACAGGAAAAUUUCGAUUUUUUUCAACUUUAGUAUACUCCUUCUUCCUCCCUUUUGCCACUGGAGCCAAAGACAAUAGGAAGAACAGGCACCGAAACACGAAAAAAAGAUCGAUACGGGAAGCAGAAUGUCCAGUGGCCUCCAUCACACAUUGAGCCGGCGGUUUUGUUUGUACAAGUGGUUGGCGCGGGAAAAAAUAUGGCGGUGGUUUUGGGAUGGGGCUCUAAAGGGGGACCAGAAAAAGAAAACUGUAAAAACUGGUGUGAAAAAUUGGAUUUUUUCAGUUAAGACAGAAUAAGUUGGAUCUGCGGCUGAGCGGUGGUGACGUCAUUUGUUGCCAAAAGUGGGCGAGAGAGUAUGUAAAGGGUAGAGAGACUAGACGCGAGGAUAAUUUUAUACUUUGCCUAAAAUUAACUUUCCUUUUUUACUUUUUCUUCGUUUAGGAAACGGUAAAGUGGUACUUUCCAUCUUUGAAUGACGUCAUUUAUUGCCUAAUGUCUACGAGAGAGUAUGGAAAGGGUGGAGAGGCUAGACACGAAACAAAUCUUAUAUUUUUGCUCAGAAAUGAAUUUUUUAUUUUCAAUUUAUUUUUACCUGUUUGAGAAACGGUAAAGUGGUACUUCCUACCUUUAAGUGACGUCAUUUAUUGCCAAAAGCAGAGUAGAGAGUGUGGAGAAGAUGGAGAGCCUAGACGCGAAAAUAAUUUUUUUUUUUUUCAAAUAAAUCUAUAUAUUUCAUAGCUGUAUUCGUUUGGGAGAAGUUAAAAUGGUGCUUUCUAUCUGUGAGUGACGUAAUUUCCUGAUAAAAGUUGACGAGAGAGUAGGAAAAGCUUGGAGACACAGAGACGCGUAAAUUGCUAAAAAUCAUCAUUUUCCUGUUUCGGAACGCUCUGAAAUAAGUAAUGAUUAUUCAUUUUUUUAAUUAGUUGUUAUUCUUCAUCAGUUCAAGAGCCGAAAUACUUGAUAAAAUUAGAGAGUGUGGAAAGUGAGGAGAGACUAGACGCGAAAAAACAAAUUAAUUAUUUUUAAGCAAUUUUUCGAGCUCGAUCUGAUGACCUUUUUGAACUCCCUUUGAAUGUGGGCUUUUGAAUAUUUUGGGGACGCAUUUAGAAUGGCUCAACGCGUCGCGCGAAAGCUGUUUUGAAGUCGGGCGCAUCUUGGUUAUGACCGCUCCGCAGCCGCAACGCGACGAGUCAUUCCAAGAGUCCACAUUUUUAUUUGUAGCUCAAGAAACUUCUGAUAGAUCCUUCAGAAAAGUACUGAAUUUGAGCUAGAACUUCGGUCGGUCAGAUUACUUUUGUUGACCAGGAACGAUCCUUAUUAUGACCGCUCCGCAACCGCAACGCGUCGAGCCAUUCCAAGGGUCCAUAUUUUUAUUUGUAGCUCAAGGAACUUGUGAUAUAAGUACUGAAUUCGAGCUAGAACUUCGGUCGGUCGGAAUACUUUUGUUGACCAGGAAACACCCCGAAAAGAAGUGUUCCAAAUGCUUUCCAGUAAGAGUACGAAUUCGUGGGUAUUCCCUAGAGGGCCAUGAAUCUCUUACUGAAAAUAACUUUGAAAACGGAUAUUCCAGUUAAGACCUUUAUUAAUUUGGAUACAUGCGCCUUUAAAAAUUGCAGCAAGGAUUUUUGAACAGGAAGUAGAGAUGAGUAUGUAACCUGGCUCCUUAUCAGAGCGUCAUUAGCUGAAAAUAUCACUAAAAAGGAAUAUUCCAGUUGAGACAUUUAUUAAUUUCGAUGCAUGCGCCUUUAAAAAUUGCAGCAAAUUUGUUUGAACGGAAUGUAGUGAUGAGUAUAUAAUGUGGUCUCUUAUCAAAGCUUCAUUAACGGAAAAAAAUAACACUAAAAACGGAUUUUCGCGUUGAGGCCUUUAUUAAUUUCGAUGCAUGCGCCUUUAAAAACCCCAGGUUUUUCGAACAGGAUGUAGGGGGAAAUAUAAAAAGUAGUCUUUUAAUGAAGAUUUCAAUCUUGGUGGCGCUUUCUUCACUUGAAUUAGAGCGAAUCAAGGAGAAUCAUGAAAUUUCAAAAGAAAAAGUAGUUCGUAGGUUUCUAGAGGGUCCUGCUUAGCUCUGAUCAGUCCUACAGUGAUCAAAUAUUGAUUUAUUGAUUGUUAAGGUUGUCCUCUUUUAAACGGUACUAUAAUUAUCAAGAUCGCUUCAGUUUGAAGAAAGUUAUGAUUUUUUGAACUUUUGAUACUUGAAAAAUUGGAAUUUUGACAUUUGAGGCGCAAAUAAUUGGAUUUUUCAAAGUUAAAGAGUUAUAAAUUCUUUUAGGACCUUGAAAAAAAUUUAAAGCUUCGUUUUCAGUGAUCUCGGCGGUUCCGCAUAGCACCGUGACGUGUGCCGCACUUUCAAGAAGAGCAAAUUCGGUUUUUUUGUUGGAUCGCCCUAUGAAGUUCUUCCACUGGAAAACUGCUUUGAACCGGUUAGUUUUUAUGAUUUUUUUUAAUUAUCAAGAAAAAAAGCAAAGUUAUGAAGGUUCAUGAAACUUCAGUGCUUUAACAAGAUCUCUAGAAUCCAGAAGUUUUGGACUUAUCAUAAAAAAUGGUGCUCCCGAAAAACUUUCUAAUCUCUUUUAAUGCCCUUUUCCACUCUUUUUGAAGCCCUGUAGCGCCCUAUAAAGUCCUCUUAUAUCUACAAUGUCUACAAGGGUCAAGAAACUUCGAAAUGACAAUACUAGAGCUUUCACAAGUUUUACAAGCUUUCCAAGCCUCGAAAACCUUGUACCACCCUUUUUACAAAGUUACGAAAAUUUUUCUAAGCUCUUUGAUGUCAUUUUCCACCCCUUUUAAAGCCCUGUUGCGCCCUUUAAAGCCCUGUUCCACCCUCCAGACUCACAGGAUGCAAGAAGUUUCAAAAUGACAAGACUAGUUGAAGCUUUUACAUGAUUCACGAGCUUUCCAAGCUCAUUCACAGAUUUAACAAGCCCUGUCUCCCUCUUUUCCAAGUCCCUGUAUGUCUGCAGAUUCACAGGAUCCAAGAAAAUCAAAAAUUACAAGACGAGUUGAAGCUUUUACAAGAUUUACAAGCUUUACAAGCUCAUUCCCAGCUUUUAAAACUCUUUGCCAACCCUUUUCGAGACCCUGUAUGCCUGCAGAUUCACAGGAACCGAGACUCGCUGAAGCUUAAAGCUUUCACAAGCUUUCCAAUUCUCCAAAACCUUGUUCCACCGCAAAACAAGAACAAGUAUGUCUGCAAAAGCAAAUAUGCAAAUGUCCGCCGCCUCCGCCGUCGUCGGCAACCGUGAAAAAGACACGGGGGCGCACUCAUUCGAGUCAAAUCGGCCGUGCGGCGGUUGCACCUGCGGACGGGCCGCCGAGGGGGGAUUACCCGCCACAAAGUGUGUCACAAUCCAAACAGGGGCCCCCGGAAGCCAUUAUCCAGAGCGGCCACAAAGACGGAGCUCUUUGCUCCUUCAAUUAGUCGAGAAUUCUCCGUGGACUUGUGAGAAAGUUGAGGGGGGUCAAUUCACUUUAAAAAAAUGAUUGAGUAGAUAAAAAAAAGUCUCUAUGAAAAAGGCUAGUUCUUAGGUUCUUGCUUCAUUAAUGAAGGGGGAGUGGAAUCACAGAAUCACAAUUUAGUUUGGGGGGGUUGAAUCACAGGAUCACAGUUUAGUUUUUGGGGGGGGCAAAUCACAGAAUCACAGUUAAGUUUAGGGGGAGUGGAAUCACAAAAUCACAAUUUAGUUUUUGGGGGGUUGAAUCACAGGAUCACAGUUUAGUUUUUGGGGGGGCAAAUCACAGAAUCACAGUUAAGUUUAGGGGGAGUGGAAUCACAAAAUCACAAUUUAGUUUUUGGGGGGUUGAAUCACAGGAUCACAGUAGUUAAGUUUGGGGGGCAAAUCACAGAAUCACAGUUAAGUUUAGGGGGAGUGGAAUCACAAAAAUCACAAUUUAGUUUUUGGGGGGUUGAAUCACAGGAUCACAGUAGUUAAGUUUGGGGGGCAAAUCACAGAAUCACAGUUAAGUUUAGGGGGGAGUGGAAUCACAAAAUCACAAUUUAGUUUUUUGGGGGGUUGAAUCACAGGAUCACAGUAGUUAAGUUUGGGGGGGCAAAUCACAGAAUCACAGUUAAGUUUAGGGGGAGUGGAAUCACAAAAUCACAAUUUAGUUUUGGGGGGGUUGAAUCACAGGAUCACAGUAGUUAAGUUUGGGGGGUCGAAUCACAGAAUCAUAGUUUAGUUUUGAGGUUUUUCUUUUAAUAUUCGUAAGAUCUGAAAGCUGAAUCAAUAAAAAAGUGACUUUCCUUGUCAUAUUUUCAGUUUCACCUUACAAUCCAGAUGUUUUUUUCUUCCAUUCAGCUUUUCCAAAAAUUUGGCAGUUUGUUCCGCUGAAAAGAUCGAAGUAUCACAUCAGAAAGUCUCAACUCAUUCCGAAAACCAUCACACUUAAGAAGCUACAGCUCUCCAUAAGCUGAUAAUUAGUGCAUUUUGGAUGUGGGCUCGCGUGCUCGCCCUCGCCAUUGUGCAUCUCGUUAAAAUGUAUGGGUCCGACGGCGCUUUUGAGAGCCUGCGGAAAUGGGUCGCCACUGGUCAUUUUAUGAUAUGUUGUGUGAAGUUGCUUUGCGAUGCUCUUCCGGGGAUUUUUGCUUUGGAAAAUGUACAAUUCAGUCUUUUUCACGGCUUUUUAGGGUUUUAUUUGACUUUGAAAGUCAAUUUUCAAAAUAUUCCAAAAAAAAAACCUUUCCUGUUAGCUCAUUAAAAAUAGGCAAAGUACGUUUCGAAGGAACUAAAAAUGUUGGGAAAAUGUUUAGGGGUCACUAUAGUAACAAGGACUACUUGGAGAGGACACUAAAGUGGCCACUAAACCCACCUCUAUAGUGGCCACUAUUUUCCGUUUUAGUGGCCACUUCAGUAGUUUUUCAUCCAGUAUUCCUACCAGUAACUUUGAUAAUUUUGAAACAAACAGAUUGGACCAGUUAUGUUGAUCCAUUGACCCCUAAAGUGGCCACUAAGUGGUCUAGUAGUAGCACUCAGUCCUUUAUAGUGGCCACUGAUUUUUUACCCCUUAAGUGGCCACUAAUUUGACUACUCUAGUGGCCAGUGGACACUGAAUUUUAACCUCUUAAGUGGCCACUAAUUUGACUACUAUAGUGGCCACUGAAACGGCAAAACCCUAAAGUGGCCACUAUAAUUUUUAGUGGUCUAGCAGUAGCACCUAGACCUCUAUAGUGGCCACUAAAAUGUCGUAACCCUUUAGGGGCCACUAAAAAUUUUCCUACUCAAAAAGACGGCCAUCUGUCUCCGUAACAACGAGGCCAAUGAAGAAGUUUAGUGUUGCCUUGUACUAAUGAGAUUGCCGCGCGAGCGCGUUCGUUUUAUUUCCCUUUUAAUUCCUCUAUGAUUGGACUUUUCCUCCCCCUACCCCCCGACGAGUUUGCUUUGGCGCCGAAAGUGUGAACGCCGUCGGAUGGAUGAAAAAUGGAUGGGGAGAUUAGAAUCUGACGGCGGCAGAUAAGGCUUUUCGUCGGGAAUCGUGCGCGAAAUCCUCGGGGACCCUCAUAAAAACGUUUCCACGGAGGGAUUGAUGAAUUUCUUGGCGGGGUGUUAUGAAUUUUUGAGCUUCUGGUUCUGGUUCCGGAAGGGAAAAGCAGUUCAAAAAAUCGAAUAUCUCUUACAAGUUUGAACGUCGGAAGUGUGAAAAACGGGUGCAAAAUGGCCGCUAUAAGGGUUCCGUUUUGCGACUUUUUUUGAGCCUUUCUUACUUGGUGGUCUUGCAAAAGUGGCCCUUUUAGGGAUUUGAGUUUUUGGCCCCUAUAGAAGACGUGCUAAUCUCUAUGCGAAGAGGCAUUUCCAUGCGAAAAAUUCAAUAAAUAGGCGUUUUUUCGAAAAGUCGAAAGAUCCCUAUAGGGACCACUUUAGGGGUCAAGGGGUCAGUCCCUAAACCACACUUGGCCCCUAAAGCUUGGGCUAAGGUUUCAGACCCCAAACUCCUAUAGGGACCACCUCGAUUUUACCCCUAUAGGGACCACUUUUCCGGCCCCCGUAAAGGCUGUUUUUCUUCCUAACCCCUAUAGGGACCACUCAAGCUUUAGGGGCUAAGGGGUCAGACCCUAAACUCCUGUAGGGACAACUUUUCCGGCCGCUAUAAAGGCUGUUUUUCUUCCUACCCCUAUAGGGACCACUCAAACUUUAGGGGCUAAGGUUUCAGACCCUAAAAUCCUAUAGGGACCACCUUUCCGGCCCCUUUGAAGGCUCUUUUUCCCCUAACCACUAUAGGGACCACUAUGAAACUUCUAAGUUCGUUUCUUCUAUGUAAAUCGGGAUUAUUAUCAGAAAAUGCCCCACUAAAAGGAAUGAAAACCUUUUCAAAAUGUUAAAAUCUGCAUUUUUCAGCUUCCGAGCACCUCCUCCCUCUCAUCGUGUUGCAACAUCAACUGCCUGGAACUGAGCACAGACGAGAGAACUCUUGGAGUUUCUACAGGCACCCUGUUGAAAGUGGUCGACGUCGUUUCGGGAAGGGAGAGCCGGAAUCUCUCCGGCCACAGUCUCCCAAUCACCUCGAUUGCCGCCGGAAAGUCCUCGGUCUACAGCUGGGUUCGUCUGGGGAAUCCUAAGGAAUUCAAGAUGAAGAUUUUUUCAGUACACGGGCUCCCUGGACUGCUCCUGGUCACAGUGGGACACGAGGAUGCACCCUUCCAAGGUUUUUUAAUCACCUGAAAGUCGAAAGAAUGAAUCUGAACUGUUAUACUCCAUUCACCGCUAGCUCAAGACGUCUAAACCCUCUCGUUUUUGCACACUAUUUCGCUUUAGAGUAGAAGAAAAAGCAGGGAUAUGACUUUGACUCAUAUUUCUGUUUCUAGUGUCUUUUUUCAAACCUGAAACACCUGGAAUUCGAGCAGGAUGAAUUUGAAUUGUUAUACUCCAUUUACCGCUAGCUUAAUACCUCUAAACCCUCUCAUUUUUGCACACUAUUCUGCUUCAGAAAUCCCAAAAACUUCCAUAAGGUAGUGGUAAUUGGACUUGGACGCAUAUUUCCGUUUCUAGUGUCUUUUUUUAACCUGAAACACCUGAAAUUCGAGAAGGAUGAAUAUGAACUGUUAUACUCCAUUCACCGCCAGCUUGAGACGUCUAAACCCUCUCAUUUUUGCACACUAUUUUGCUCUAGACUUGAGAAAAAUCAGUGAUAAGACUUUGACUCAUAUUUCUGUUUCUAGUGUCUUUUUUUAAAACCUCUCACAAUUUUUUCAUUGAUUCGGUUUGAAUAGCGGCUUCAAUUAAAACACGUUCUCCGAGAAUUGCCAAAAAGGUGAGCCACUAGAAAAUCAUGUACCUUUUUUAGACUCAUGCUUUCAUCUCAAGAACUACACAAGCCUCUGAAAAUUUUAGUCAAGGUUUGGACAGGCUCCGCCCCUUUUCGAGGGUUACUGUAGCCGAAACACAAAAAUUUUGCUUUUUUAAAGGAACAUGGACUAAAUUUUAUGGAUUCCGAGGCGAAAAGCCGUUUUCAGUAUUAUUUGAAGGCAUUCAAAAGCUUCUGCUCCUUUAAAUUUUCAACAAGGGUUCUUGAACAAAAUGUUUUACUGUCCUAUGGGUUCUGUACCCUGUUAGAGUUUGAACAAAAAUCUUAUGGUAUAGAGAAAAAAAUAAAGCUUUUCAUAGACUUUUUCGAAUUAUAACCGGUUUGAGUUAAGGGAAAAAGGAUUUUUUUUUUCUCCAGGUUCUGAGCGCCCGAACGGCUGGAGCCGUCCGGAGUGUGGCCUUAUCCCCCGGCGACAGAUUCGUCGCCGUCGGUUCAGAUUCCUCGAUUCAAUUGUUUGAUGCAAGACAACGCGCCUAUGUUAAGCAAUUCAACUAUUCGGUACCUGGAAACCUCCCCAAAAAUUCAAGUGAAAUUCAUUUUUCUAGGGCCGAAAACUGGAGUUCAACCCCACGGAAGUCCUCCUUUCUGCUGUAGGCAACGACCGGGUCGUCCGAUUUUUCUGCUUGGAAACUUUUGAGCUGGUUUCACAGUCUGACGCUUUCGUGGACGAUGUCCAAGCUUCGGUUUUUCGAUUGUGA